UACUGGUGUCACUUGGCAGGCAGAGACUGUGACAAGUCAAAUCUAUCCGAGGGACAGGAGAUGAGAGGAAAGCAAUCAGCUUCAGCCUCUUUGAAACAGGAGAGACACGAGCCCUACAAAUCGAUUACAGCUGUUACGUCAUUCUGAUAAUAACAGGCAUCCAAUCAAACACUUGAUCAAUGGGGAACAGCGAGGAAUCAGUUAAAGAUGAGGAAGACGUUGUGGUGAUGGAGAAGAAGCCGCUAAGUAACAACAAAAAAGAACUUGAGGAGAAGAACAAGAAGAUGAUUUUCAUGGGACCGAAAUAAACAAAGAAGAACUCCACCAUGCUGAGGAGAUCGAUACGUCGGAAGUUGCCCGUCUUCAUCGUCACCUUCUUCUUCAUUCUCUACGUGGAUUUUCAAUUGAGCACGAGCAGCCAUCCCAAACUGAGCGUGGCCCCCCGCCGCUCCGCCCAGCAUGGCCCGACCGGGGGGCCCCCGCGGGACCCGGGUCCCGGCAGGGGGCCCUCCGAAGGGGCCCCGCGUGUCCCCGAGUUGAAGCUCGAGGACAUCUACGUCGCCGUGAAGACCACCGGGCGGUUCCACCGGACGCGCCUCGCGCUCCUGACGGCGACGUGGAUCUCCAGGAUCAAGGCGCACACAUUCAUUUUCACGGACGUGGAGGAUGAGGAGUUACAGUCAGAUGGUUACAACAUGGUGGUAACGGGCUGCCAGUCAGAUCACAGUCAGCAGGCCCUUUCCUGCAAGAUGUCCGCCGAGUACGACGGCUUCAUGGCCUCGGACCAGCGGUGGUUUUGUCACGUGGACGAUGAUAACUACGUGAACCCGGAGGCCCUCCUCGCCCUCCUCUCGACCUUUCCCCAGGACGCCGACAUCUACGUGGGAAAACCCAGCCUGGACAAGCCAAUCACUGCUCACGAGCUGCUGGAGGGCAACGCCACGAGGGAAGUGCGGUUCUGGUUCGCCACAGGCGGAGCCGGGUUCUGUCUGAGCCGGCGGCUGGCGGAGAAGAUGGCUCCGUGGGCCAGCGGCCCUCGGUUCGAGCGCACCUCGGCGACCAUCCGUCUCCCUGACGACUGCACGGUGGGCUUCAUCGUGGAGAAGAAGCUGGGCAUCUCCAUGGUCCACUGUCCUCUGUUCCACUCCCACCUGGAGAACCUGCUGCUCCUCAGUCGCAGGAGCAUCCUUCACCAGGUGACUCUGAGCUACGGGAUGUUUGACAACAGGAUGAACAGCAUCGAGGUGAAAGGAAGCUUUUCUAAAGCCGACGACCCCUCCAGGUUUAAGACGGUCCACUGCUUGCUGUAUCCCUUCACCAGCUGGUGUCCUUGAACUCCUCCACCCGGGUGUGUGUCGUCUCCUCCAGGAGACGGCAGAUGGAUGUCGGUUAGAGACGUGAAGGAAGAACCAGAGGAACACGAAGUGGAAGCAGAAAGCAGUUUUCUGGCUUUUUCUCUUCUUCCCCGGACAGACGAUACCAAGACGAUGGAGCACAAAAAUCUAAUCAAUCUGUACAUGUCUGUGUAAAAUGCACACACAGUGACUUGAUGAAAUGUGGACAUAUAUCUGGUUUGUUGGAUACCCUCUGUGUUCCGUACAUGGAGGAACACGAGGUCUGAGGCCACAUCGUCGCCUCCAGGUCGAAGUUGCCGGAUUUAUUUGAGUUUUCUUUGAUUUGUUGUGUUUGGCCUUGUGUGUGUUUUCAUGAAGGAGACGGCGUCCUUGUGCCGAUGAAAUCUGCACACAAUGAACCAUUCUGACCCCCAUCUCCCGCCUCAUCCAGACCUCCUGUCCUCCCUCCCUCCCUUUUUCUCCCUCCCCUCCCUUCCCACCCUCCAUCCACCCCGAGGCGGUUCACCCGAGGCUCAGAGCAAAAUGAGCCGAGCCUCAGUUGCAUUUAUUCAUCACCUCGAAAAUAAAACAAACACAACAAACCACUGAAGAAGAUCACGGCUGACGUGGCUGAAACCUGCCCCCCUCCCUCCCUCCCUCCCCCCCUCCUCUCUCCUGCGCUGACCCUGACAGCGUUGGUGCUGUUCAGAACAAUUAAGAAAGGAGAAAUUGUCUCAUUUGUGUGUUACCCGGAAUAUUCAAGGAGUCCGGGAAAGCUGCUCGGCGCCACGGAGACCAGAACCAGCUGACAUUAGCAGGCACGAGGGGGGGCCCGCAGAACAAAUCUCACAAAGACAAGGCCGGUCGGCUGUCAUGUGCAGGACGCAUCUCUGCCACGGGAACACCUGGACCAGAACAUCACACCUAACAUCAACUGUGGAUGGAGAGGGAGGAGUAGCUCAGUCAAGGUGCAUUUCACUGAAUUACCGUCCUGAAACGAUUUGAUGCAGUAAAUUAAGUUUACGAUCUUCGUCGUGAAGUCGCAGAAAGCAACGAGCUGCACAUCCUUUCAAUUUAAACAAAAGCAUCAAAUAGAGAAAGUUCUUCUAAUCUUUCUUCCUGUUCCAUUUACUCGGCCACCUCUGCUUUCCAUCCCGAUCACUGAAGAUCAGGUACUGGCCAUCACGGAACUAUGUGAUCUGUAUCAGGCUUUAAAGGCCCCCAUUUCUGUGUGUUUCUCGUCUCCUGCUGAACUUAAUGCAAAGACGUCCUGGGCGGUCUGAGUGUGGCACAGAUGCUAACUGCUACUCACGUGCGCGUCAUGCCACCUGUGGACAUCUUCAUCCCUACUCAGUUACUGCUCUUCAUCAAAGAUCCUUGUAGCUAUGGGGGCCACGCAGGGCAACAGACUAGGACCCCAGGAAGUACCUCGUCUGAGGAACACACCCAGGGCUGCUGGUGGGUUUCGUUUCCUGUCUUCACGCGAAAACAAAGCCAACAGGAUGCUGGGAGAGAGUGGGCCUGACCUCCCUGUGUAACUGUCAGCGAGAAUGCGAGUAGACUUAAGAGGAUUAUGUGAAGGAGACCCGCAGUUUUCCGUCCAGCUUCUGCACACCUGGUGAAUUUCCAUCCGGACGAAAAGCUCGAGCCUUUAAGAUCCAGACGAGGGGAUUUUCCCCUUUGGACCGUCUUCCUGGGUCACAUGUUGGGCCUCUGCUUGAAAUGGGUCACUAGAUGUCGUACUGGUUUAACUGACCGCCUUAGCUUCACAGGUACUAGGUGCUGGACCUUGGCUUGUAAACGGACCCCAUUUGGAGCCUUUUAGAGGCCUUUGAGAGGCAGGAGAAGAAGAGACAGGAGGAACAGACUGGGGGAGAAGGUGGAAUCCGGGAAGAAGGGUUCAGUUGGGAAAUGGAAAAGAGUCCAAGACAGAUGGCGAGGACGAGCCGCGAGUAUCGGAGCAGGAAACUCCAGCUGUUGGCGGCACCGAUGGUUCCGCCGCCGAAGGGAGGGGCCCGAUUCAGGGGAGCCGAGAGGCGAGCAGAGCCUCCCCGUCGGCGAGCGCCUGUGCGAUCCGUCGAUUUGAAAGAACAGAUCUGACGUCUGGGAAAUGGAGGGAGUGGAUUAUCCGACGGCUGUGUUGGGAAUGAGGGAGGGGGGGCAGAAAGAGACGCAGGUAAAGGGAGAGAGGAGAAGGAAGCAGGGUGGAGGAAUGAAUAUGGAAAUAAAUUAGAUUAAAGAGGGAAACACAUGGAAGUGAUCCCAUCACCUUGUUUGUUCAAAGACCCUUCGGUUUCACAGAGCCCCCCCCCCCCCUCCCUG